UCAGCUGUUUUUUAUAAGAUUACAAAGAUUUUAGGUCUUUGUAAGAUUGGAAAGAGCAGAACUCCGAAAUUCUUGGCAACUAACUUUUACUAUAAGUGUAAAAUGAACAAUAACAAUCCAAAUGUGAUUUUUAAUCCAUUGAUAAGUGCUAUACAGAAAGUGGUGCUGUAUGAAACUCGCACGCGCCUGUAUUUGGUGGGCAGCAAUAAUCGUGAGACGCGCUUUCGUCUGCUGACCAUUGAUAGGACGCAACAUGACCGCUUGGUCAUAGAUGAAAACCCUAAUGAGUAUAGUGCUUUGGAAAUACGUCGUUUCGUGGGAUCUUUGGGUGGACAGCCGAAAGUCACAUCGGCCUAUGGUGUUUUAGGGUUUGUACGAUUUCUGGAAGGUUACUAUCUAAUAUUGGUGACCAAGCGCAAAUCAUGCGCCCAUUUAGGAAUGCACCUGAUAUAUACCAUCAAAGAUACUGUGAUGGUUAAGGUUAAUGAGCCCACAAUAGCCUUGAAGACUCCACAUCCCUACGAAGAGCGUUAUAAGAAAAUGUUUCAAAACAUUGAUUUGCGCAGUAAUUUCUAUUUUUCAUAUUCCUAUGAUCUGACACGCACAUUGCAAUACAAUUAUUCGGCUCCACGUUAUGUGGGACCUAAUGUUGAUAUUGAAGUCGAUGAACCUUUGCCGGAGUGGGAUUCCCUGACAAAUAAUGUGGAAAAGGCCGACGAGAGAGUGGAUUAUGCAUAUAGAAGCUGUUCGCGUAAACGUUUUGUAUGGAAUGCCUUUUUACUGGAGCCCAUGAAAGGCAUUAUGCUACGGGACUGGCUGUUGGAAGUCACCCAUGGCUAUAUCAGUCAGUCUUGCAUAAGUGUAUUUGGCCGGAGAGUUAAUGUUUGCCUGAUAGCCAGGAGAAGCACUAGAUAUGCGGGGACACGAUUUUUAAAGCGGGGAGCCAAUUUUCGAGGAGAUGUUGCCAAUGAAGUGGAAACUGAGCAAAUUGUUAGCGACGGACACAACAUGUGUUCCUUUACUCAGAUGAGAGGGUCGGUGCCUUCGCAUUGGUCGCAGGAUAUCAGUAAGAUGGUGCCUAAGCCACCUAUACAAUUGGAUAUAUCCGAUCCGUAUGCUCAAACCCCAGCUAGACACUUUGAGCGCUUGCUAUUUCACUAUGGUUCACCCCUGAUUAUGUUAAACUUGGUGAAGAAACGUGAGAAACGCCAGCAUGAAAAUAUAAUUGCCAAAGAAUUGGUGAAUUCCAUACGCUAUUUGAAUCAAUUUUUACCACCGCAACAUCGUAUGAAGUAUAUACCUUUUGAUAUGGCGCGUAAGAGUCGUGGUGGCGGAAAUGUAAUGACGAUGUUGGCCGACAUUGCUGAAUUUGUGGUCCAACAGAAUGGCAUGUUCUUCAAGGCACGAGGUUUGCCGCUUACAUUCCAAACGGGUAUUGUUCGUACAAAUUGUGUCGAUUGUUUGGAUCGAACAAAUACUGCUCAAUUUGCUAUAGGUAAAUGUGCAUUGGGCCAUCAAUUAGAACGUUUGGGCUUCAUAAAGUCGCCCAAUUUAGAGUUUGAUUCGGUUUGUGUAACCAUGUUGGAAAAUCUCUAUGAGGAACAUGGAGAUACUUUGGCUCUGCAGUAUGGUGGUUCCCAGCUGGUUCAUCGGAUAAAGACCUAUCGCAAAACAGCUGCAUGGGCUUCGCAGGGCAAUGACAUAAUGCAAACAUUGAGUCGAUAUUAUAGCAACACCUUCAACGAUACCGAAAAACAGCACAGUAUUAAUUUGUUCCUGGGUUACUAUAUACCCAGUAAGAGUCAUUCUAAACAAAAUCAACCCAUUUGGGAAUUACAAAGCGAUUAUUAUAUGCACAAUGCAUACAAACCGCUUUCACCACGCCAUGAGACUCGCCUGAUUACGGACUGGGUCCGCAUGAAGAUACGCAAAUGCCUGCCGUACUCUUGCUCCGACUCUAAUCGUAUUGUUAAAGAACUAUUUCGAGUUCACACCAGAGAUCUAGAGAUGAUAGAUGGUUAUUCUAAUUACCAUCAGUCCUUUAAAUGGACCGAAUUAAAUGAGCAUAUAUCAUUUGAAAUUAGUCAAGUGGCUUUGCGGCACCUAUCAACAUUUCGCACUCAUUACUCACCAUUCCAGAAACAAAUACAAGAACGUAAGAAACCAAAAAAUCCCUCACUCACCGGUCAAAGUUCCACGAGUUCGACCGCUAGUAACGACUCAAGUUCUUCCUCGGAAGCAGAUAAUACAUCCACCGAUGAGGAGUUCAGUGCAAGUCUGUCAAUAAAGGAACAAACGCACAAACAACCAAAAGAAACCGAAACCUCUAUUACAUUAGAAACACUGCUGCCACCCAUGAAAGAAGUUUAUGGAUGCAAGGUAAGUAAUCCAACUAAGGAGAAUAUGGAUAUUUAUAAGCGCUACGUGCAAAUGUCCAAACUGACAUCGAAUGCCAGCGCUACCGCCGGUCCUACUCAACAGCAAUCCGCUUCGCAACCUUUGAUUGCGGCAAAUAUCACUCAAAUAUCGCGUAAUAUGGCUGGCAUUAAUCUGAAGCCGUUGAGUGACUAUGGCACUGAUUCAUAUUUAUCGGUGAAACCACCGACGGUGAGUGAGGAAAGUCAACGCAUCUACGAAGAAUACUGUAAAAGUCCAAGAAACUUUAAUGCUGUACCAAAAAUCGAUGAGUUCGACAAACUUCAUCGUUAUGUUGCAAUGCUUUAAUUGAGUAUUUUUUUGUUGUUAAAUUUUAACAAUUAUAGUGUGCAUUGUGUUACCAAUAAACUUGCCAAAUGAUAGGUUAUGAAUUGUCAA